UCCUGCAGUCAUGAGGCCCAGCUGAUCUGAGUCACAAGCUAGAGAGAGAGAGGGAGAGAGAGAGAACGAGCUGAACACGUUUUGAUGUGAGGAUAACUUCUGUAGCGUUGGCUCCUCAGCCCUUUAGGAAGAAUGUUUCAGGAAAAUGAAAAACGCUCCAGCUUGUUCUGUUGAUGGGAUGAACUCUCAUCUAAAUUACAGCACAUGGUGACAUCGGGGAUGAUGGAGGCCUGGGACGGGGAUCACCAGGUGAUGGAGGAGACAAAGGUGGAUGUCAGACAAACCAGAAGAGACCAAUCAGCCAACAACAAUACAUCCAACUGGUCAAAUGGUCAGUGUGUCGUGGCGAUGCCGAGCAGCUCCAUCCUAAACCCCAGGUUCGAUCUGUCUCAGUGUCGAGGGAAGCUCCAGCAGGAUGGUUUUGAGAUUCCUGUCACUGACAUGGAGGAGCCUCUGAAAACAGCCCUGGAUGUUUCCUCCAUCAGGAGAUACAUGGUUUUCAAUUCGGGGUUUUUCCACUUCCUACUGGCACCGGUGAUGUAUGUGGUGGUGUGGUGUGCCGUCUUCUCCACUCUCCACCUCUACAUAAGUGUCAGUGAUUACUGGGUCCUCUGUCUCUCCGUCAGCCUCGUCUCUAUCCUCCUCACCACCGCCAUUAUCUACAUCCUCCAUCAAAAUAACAAGGAGAUCAACAUCAACAUAGAUGUUCGGUUGGUCCAGGUGAAUGAGAGGAUGAUCAAAUACAAGCUGCUGGUUGGUGUGGCUGACUGGGUGCAGAACUGCACUGGAAAAAUGCAGUUGUUCUUUGUGUACUGGGACAUGUCCCUCUGUUUGAGGACACUGACUGAAGCUUUAGAUGAGAGCUGCUUUGUGGCUCUCGAGACUCAGAACAAACUGGAGAGCAGGAUGUCACAUCUGGUCUUGGUGGCCAAGGAACCUCCUGUUGACCCUGAGGUCGGGGGCUCAGAUGAGGAGCAGGACUCAGACGAAAACAGGCCUCUGCUGAGGAAUGGGGACACGAGAUGCAGUGCCUCAUCCAGCCCUAGAGGAGGCGCUAUACUCCCCUCUAACUUCAGUUUGGUCCCUGAGGCUUCUUUACCUGCUCAGAGCAAAGCGCAGCAGCUGCUGGUGACGUACAGCGCCGCUUACGUGAAGCUGCUGAUGUCGGACAGGCUGUCGGGGCCGUCCCACCACCGCCUGCGGCCCCGGAGGAACCACUGCACCACCGCGCCCCUGUGCCUCUGCCAGUUCAUCAUGAACAAAAUCAUUCGGUGACAAAACCUCAGCGACCUGGAGAACAAACUGACUUUCCUUAAUGUGAGAAAAUAAUCGCAUUCAUGAUGAACUUCUGACUCUUUGGUUGUUUACAUGCAGACACCAGCUCUGUGUUUGACCCUCCUGGAUGUUUGUUUGUUUGUUUGCUUCCUGCCAAACAUUGUUAGCGGAGAGAACAGCGCUUGGUUCAACUGCUGGGAAACAAUGUUUGUACCCGACAAUCACAGACAGUUAAAUUAUUUGUAUAAAUAAUAGAUUUUUGGGGAUUUUUUAUCUACAGGAUACUAAAGCUGUAUACGAGUGUUUUUAUCCAUGCUUAUGCUUCUAUAUUCACUACACCUACUAGAAACUAAUUAUAUUUAUUUGGCAGCUGCAACUUUUCAGAUUAUAAAUUUUAUGUAGAUGAGCAUAAAUUGUACGUAUAAAAGUUUAUAAAAUAAAAGGUUUACAAGAA